AUGCAAGGUACAAACGCAUUUCAAGAUGCAGUAGCACGAGCGAAACAAAUUGCACAGAAAUUAGCUAAUGCAGCACCAACACAAUCAUCUGAUUCAUUUCAAUCAUUAAAACGUCCAGCUGAUUCGUGUACACCAACUGAGCACGAGUCAGCGAAACGUCCACAAUUUGGUUCCUCACCAAGUAGUGAAGUCCCAUUACCGGUGUUAAAGGCACAACUCGUUGCUCAACAAAUUAAUGCCCAUCUCGGUGGACUAAAUAAAUCAUCGAGUUCCAGUGCUGGUGGUUCGGGUGAAUUAAUGCUAGGCAAUUUACCAUUAUCAAAUCAAAAUACUAUUACUGAAGAUUAUAAAAUUCCAGAUAAAUUAGUGGGGUUAGUAAUUGGUAAAGGUGGUGAACAAAUAACGCGAAUCCAGUUCGAAUCCGGUUGCAAAGUACAAAUAUCACCGUCGAGAGCACCACCAGAACCUGGAAAUAUGAUUCCCGAUCGUUUAGCAACAUUGAGUGGAUCACGCGAUGCUAUUGAUCGUGCUAAACGAAUGAUUGAUGACAUAGUAUCUAAAGGAAAACCAGGAGAAGGCGGUGGAGGGAUGAGUUCAUAUUCUUUAGGGGGAGGAGGAGGUGGUGGACUUAAAACAAUCGAAAUAAUGUUACCAUCGGCGAAAUGUGGAUUGAUCAUUGGAAAAGGUGGUGAAAAUAUUAAACGAGUAUCGGAAGAGUUUGGCGUUAAAAUGCAUGUUAUUCAAGAAGCCGUUGAUCAAAGUGGCAAUCAGAAACCAUUAAAAAUAACGGGCGAUGCUGACAGAGUGGAACGUGCACGACAAUAUGUGCUUGAUAUAAUGGCUAAACGUGAUUCAGAUAUGGGUGGAAGAGGUGGUGAUAGAGAAGGAAGACGAAGUGAUCGAGAUAGGGGAUUUAAUGAUUAUGGUUCAAGAUCUGGCUAUUCGUCGAAUGGUGGAGGUGAACAACAAGCAUUUUACCAUGUACCGGCUGAUAAAGCCGGAAUUGUUAUUGGAAAAGGUGGUGAAAGUAUAAAAGAAAUCAAUCGUAAAUCAGGAGCAUUUGUUGAGAUUGAUAAAACACACCAACCAGGCACACCUGGCGAUCGAUUAUUCAAAUUAUGUGGAACCCCUGAUCAAAUUGUCUAUGCUCAACAGUUAAUGUUUGAAAAAGUACUACAUAGCCCAGGCGGUCCAGGCGAUAUGUUGACACCAUUACAGUUUCAGCAACAAUUUAACCUUCCACAAGUUGGUUCAAAUCAAGAAGGAUUUGGUGAAAAUGGUAACGGCAACGGUAACGGUGAUAUGAUGAAUCAGCAAUAUGCCGGACAAGGAUGGCCAUCUGGUGGUUAUGGAGGUUGGCCAAUGGAUCCAUUUGGCAUGCCUAUGCCUGAUCAAUCGAUGCCAACUUCCUCUUCAAAUUCAAGAAAUCCUCCGCUUUCUACCGCAUCUCCCUUACCUCCUCCUCCUCCGCCACCUCCGAUGGCCAUGGAUCCAGCUUGGAUGGCUUAUUAUCAGAGUAUGAAUUUUUAUGCCAAUAUGUCUGGAAUGGUGAUGCCGACCGCUUCAACAUCCAGCACGACCACUACAACUACAUCGACAUCAACCACAAAUGCAACACCAUCUUUUCCACAAUCCUCUACUGCAGGUAAUACAUCAACAACUCAGUCUACAAAAGAACAAGAACAAUGGAGGAUGAGCACAGCUACAGCGACUACCAAUCCGUCAACUGGUCAACCAGAUUAUAGCCAAGCAUGGAUUGAAUAUUAUCGUUCUAUUGGACAAAAUGAAGUUGCUGAUGAAAUAGUUCGACAAAUGAGUCAGCCACAAGCAACAGGUACUUCAACAACUGCAUCAAAUCAAAGUGGACAACAAUCUUCUUCGUCUUCUUCUACAAAUAAUGCAGCAUCGACAGCAAACAACGCUACUGCACAAGCCGCUGCAGCUGGAAUGGUUAAUCCUUGGGCAAUGUAUGCUGGUUACAGCCAACCAUGGGGAUCGUCUUGA